AUUAGCGUAUGGCGCGGCGGGACCGAGUCGGGCUCGAGACGGUCUCACGAGGACACUGAUUGGCUGCGGCGGGCUGGUGUGGCUCCGCGAUUGGCUGUGGCCGGAGGUUGGCUUCGCCAGAUCUCCAGGUUCUUCCAAUUCCCGGCUUGUCUCCCGAGUUCUUUCAGAAAAGGCCAUGGCCAAGCUGUUGCAGGUGCCCCCCAGGUUUCUCCCCCCAGAAUGGUACAUUGCCAACAAGACCCAGUAUUCCACUGCUGAGGCCCAGCAAUCCCGCUCAGAGCGCCUCGUGGAUGAGAGCCAGCGGCUGGUGGAUGAGAUUGACAGGACGACGCAGAAGACCCAAAGUGAUGUGAACAAGAGAAUAGAGCAGAGGCUAGAAGAGAUAAAAUUCUGGAAGCAGCAGCUGGAUGACAAACUCGACCAGGUUGUGAAAGAGACAGAGGUGCUUUUGACCUUUAGAACUCGGCUGGAGAAGGCCUUGGAAGGCUGCAAAGAGCCGCUCUUCAUUGUACAAGAGUGUCUCCUAAACCGGGAGCGGCGGGUUGGGAUCGAUCUGGUCCAUGACGAGGUGGAACAGGAGCUGAUCAAAGAAGCCGAGGUCCUCCAAGGUGUGAUUGCUCUGCUGGAACGCACCCUGGAACAAGCCAACGAGCAGAUUCGGCUAAAUCGCGCUGCCAAAUACAACCUGGAAAUGGACCUGAAGGACAAAUAUACUGCAUUGACCAUUGACAAUUACUGCUCCAGCUUGAACAAUAACACGCCGGAUAUCCGAUAUGCCCAGAAUGUCACGACGGUGGAUGACAGCUCAGUGAGCCCUGAGGAAUGGCUCGAGUUCUCAAAUGCGAAUGUCGAAAAGGCCGACAAACAGCGGAACAAUUCCUUGGCCCUCCGUGCCUUGAUCGACAGCAUCCUGUCCCAGACGGCGAGCGACAUGCGCAAACAGAACAAGACGGUGAACGUUGCUUUUCAGAACAGGGUGAAGGAGACGAAGGAUGCGAAAGCCAAGCUAGAGAUGCACCUGGCAGAGGUGAUGGAGCAGAUCAGUUCCCAAGAGAAGAAUAUUGCUGCCCUGAAGAAAGCCAUCCUCGACAAGGAAGGGCCGGCGAAGGUGGCGGCGACGCGCCUGGAGACUCGGACUCACCGGCCCAACGUGGAGCUCUGCCGAGACCCGGUGCAGUACCGACUCAUCAAAGAGGUGCACGAAAUCAACCACAACAUUCAGAGGCUGACGGACACACUGGCUCAGGCUAAAGUAGAACUGAAAGGGCUGUGCCGGCAGCAGCUUUCCCUGGAAGAGGAGAUCCAAGUCAAAGCAAACACCCUGUACAUUGACGAAGUGCUUUGCAUGCAAAUGAGGGAGUCCAUCUGCAUCCACAACUUCUAACGCCUCAAUGCCACCCGGGCCUUAGUUAGCCCUACACAGAACUGCUUGGAUUGACCGCUUGAAACUGCCUAAAUUUCACCCCCGCCUUUGCAUUGACUGAAUGCCUGCUGUACGCUUGAAAUAGAAAAAAAUAAAUUAGGGAACAUCA